AGGAGGGAGCGCUCCCUGGCUCCAGGGGCAGAGGCACCGGGAGCAGCACUGGUCACCAGAGGCGGGUGACCAGCAAGGCGAGGUGGCGGGAGGCCGAGGGCAGGCCCGGGAGGAGAGGCCGGGCUGCCUGGCCCCCGGCACCGCGGCAGCACCCGCAGCGCCGGCACCUGAGCCCCCAGGUGAGUGGCCACAGCCGCCCCGGCGGGAGCCAGGAGCUGGCCGGCAUGGGGGCCGCCGACUUCCUGCAGGAGAUGCGCUGGGUGGGGGAGAGGCUGCUGCUGAAGCUGCAGAGGCUGCCGCAGGCCGAGCCGGUGGAGAUCGUGGCCUUCUCGGUCAUCGUCCUCUUCACAGGCACCGUGCUGCUGCUGCUGCUGGUGGCCUGUAGCUGCUGCUGCACGCAGUGCUGCUGCCCCGAGCCCCGGGCCAGGAAGGCCCAGGUGCGGCCUGUGACCCCGCCAUGAGGCCGGGGGGCUGACCGAGAAGCUGGAGGAGACUGUGACGCCGCGCCCGGUGUCGGCCUGGCCCCCAGCCCUGACUCCUCGAGACCAAGUCCACGGCCACGGCUCUGGCCCCGCCCAGGACCCGGACCCGGACCCGGCACGUGGGGGCUUGUCAAGGAAGCCAGGGCCGUUACGGUCACAGGACCUCCCCCCGCAGUGAGCACGGUGCCGAGGAGGAGCCGCCAUUUCAAGGACAGAGCCCACCACCGGGGAUCUUGGCAACCUGCACUUUUUAGCAAAACACGAAAGCGGGGUCCCCAAACCUCGACGGAGAACAGCCCGCACCUGGGGCAGCUGGCCUUGGGGUUCUGCUGACCAGACCACGCCCAGAGGAGCCGCCCAGCGCGGGGACUUUGUGAAGGGCUCCUGGGCCCCCGCCCCCCGCCAGAGGGAGCGUGUCAGCAUCCCGGCCCAGGGUCUGCCUGUUUCUUUCCCAGUAAAAGCUUUUGCAUU